AUGACAUCAGACCAUUCAACAGCCGGGAAACUGCAUGUGGAUGAUUCGAAAACAGCAUAUGUCAGCGGUUCACACUGGAAAGCCGUGCUGGAGGGGAUCUCCGAGUUGAAGAUCCUCAGCGAGGCAAAACCAGAUGACGACGACAGGCCUUCCCCGGAGCAACAGACAGAGUAUGGGCUACAGGAUAGCAUUCUCAUCCCUGGAACUACAAGGGAACGUCCCAAGCUUUUAUACGGAUGGCACAAACCAGCUUCCGUGGCCGAUAUUCUGGCAGCCAUGCCGGAGAGGAGUGUCGUGGACCGGCUUGUAUCCAGCUACUUCAACAAUCCGCCCAUACCACACGGUUGCAACGGCGGGCCUUUUGCCAUUGAGGCCCUCCUACACUCCAACAUUGUCGAGCAAACGAGGUGUCCCGAUGCCGACAUCGGGACCUGGCUGCUGACAGGCAUGAUAAUCCGCUUGGGCUUCCGCAUGGGCUACCACCGCGAUCCUUCGCACUUUCCCGGCAUCACGCCGUUCCAGGGCGAAAUGCGACGACGAAUCUGGGUUGUCAUGCAUGCGUUAGAUGUCAUGACAUCGCCACUGCUGGGGUUGCCUCGCGUCAUCAAAGACGGACAAUGGGACACGAUGCAGCCGCGAAACAUAUACGACUCCGAAUUUGACGAAGAUGCCACCUGUCUUCCGCCGUCGCGGCCCGAGUCUGAAGCCACGCCCGUCUUGCACCUGCUCGCAAAGCACAAGAUGCUAGUGGUGAUUGGCACCAUCGCCGAUACAAGCAUGAGUGUGGCGGCAGAUCGGUGCGGCCCUUCAACUCUAAAGACUGAGGGGAGAACGGUGGCCCGUUUGAGUGAGGCGUAUGACUUCAUCCCGGCGAAUGCAAAAUUCGAUACCGUUUCUAGGAUUUCGUCCAGCAAAGCCAGCGACAUCUUGAACCGACUAAGUAUCACCAUGUUGUUGCAAAAGGGGCUCAUCGUUCUUAACUGGCGCCAUGUCAUGCCGAGAGGCUCCGUCACAAGUCCAGAUGUUGAUCCUGUCGGAAGUAGUGGCGGGUGGUUCCAGGACGACACGGAAGGUUAUCAGAUUUGCAUACAGGCCGCUUUGGAGAUCUUCCAAGUACAAGAGACUAUUGACCGCGAGACCCAGCCGGGUGGCGUUCUCUUCCCGCUCACCCUCCUGCUAUACUCGGUCGUCAAGCACGAAUUCCUCAUGGCAACCACCGUUCUCGUCAGUCACAUGUACCGCACUGCGGUGCCCCGGCCAGACAACCAACAAAAUUCCAAAGAGAGAAUGCUCUCGCAGCAAGUAGAAGUGGCGCUCAGGAAGUCACACGAGAUAUGGAUUCGCCAGAGCGCGCUGUCCAAAGAGGCACUGCGGGUAGCCAACUUGCUCUCCGUGCUGUUUCGGAAGCUCCAAGACGUGGAAAUUCAGGGGCUUUGCAAGACGAGAGCAUUGGUUCAGACUCCAAGCAUGCAAUCCGAUGAUCAGGGGCUCGCGCUCUUUGGAGAAUUCGGUCUCCUGCACCAUUUAGAAGACUUGAGUGCAUUUCUCGAUCUCCCCGUAACAUGA